AUGCGGGCGUUUGUCAAGGCCGUGCAGAUCGCCCGCUUCAUCCCUGUGGUCGAGGAAGACCGGCGCCAAAGCCUCUACAUUGAUGUCAUUUCGGAGGCCCGGCGGUCGUCGCUCCGUCGCAUCUCGGCCACGGUCCUGGCCAAGGCACGGGAGCUCACGGCGGGUGUGCCCUCGUCGAUGCAUGCGAUCGUGCACGAGCGCAAGCGCUACUCGCUGUACGAGCUGCGCGAAAACAACAUGCUCGUGAACCGUGGGCUCGUGCGACAUCGCGUCACCAAAGAGAUACCCGCCCCACCGCCGGUGACAACGUCCCGUCAUCCUCGCUCAAGCGUCCUGGAUCCGUCGAGUUCGUUUCGAGCGGGAUGGGACCUUGUCUUGAUCGGUCUCGUGCUCUACACGGCGAUUGCUGUCCCGGUUGAAAUUGCGUUUGCUACGACGGAUGUGGUCGACGUGCUCUUUGUGUUGAACCGCGUCAUUGACACUUUCUUUUUCCUCGACUGCUGCGUCAACUUUAUGACGCCCUACAUGGAUAUCGCGUCCAACCAGUUGGUCGACGACCCGCGCAGUAUCGUACUGCACUACGUGCAAGGGUGGUUUGCACUCGACAUUGUGUCGAUCGUGCCCUACGACUUGAUCAGCUGGGCAAUGACAACGUCGUCCGCGUUCACGUUGAACCAGACGCAAAACGUCAAGGCGCUUCAAAUCAUGCGACUGCUGCGUAUCCUCAAGCUCGCCCGUGUCUUCCGAGCGUCCCGCAUCUUGCAGCGGUGGAAGGCGGUCUUGGGGUUCCCCGUCGCCAUGACGCAGCUUGGGAAAUACGCCUUUGUGAUGAUCAUUCUGGCACAUUGGAUGGCGUGUCUCUGGGGCUACGUGCCACAGUACCAGGACGACGUGCGCAACUGGGAGGUUGUCUAUCAAGUCAACGGCUCGUCGCCCUCGACCCUCUACAUUGCGUCGCUAUAUUGGUCGGUCAUGACGAUCGGUACGAUCGGGUACGGGGACGUUCCCAUGGUGACCAACCUCGAGAAGCUCGUGGCAAUUCUCUGCAUAACCACGGGUUGUGCGACGUAUUCAUUCAUUGUCGGUUCGGUCUGUGGUCUCGUCUCGAGCCUGGACGAAUCGUCCAACGAGUUCAACCAGCAAAUGGAUCACUUGAAUACGUACAUGGAGCGCGAAGACAUUCCACCCGAAAUGGUCUUUCGGUUGCGCGAGUAUUUUCUGCACCGCAGAGAUCUCAUGCUGCACCGCCACUUUUCCCGCGUCAUCAACACACUCUCCCCGGGUCUCCAAGGCGAGCUCUGCGUCUUCACGGCGGGCGAGUGGGUCGAAAAGAUUCCAUUCUUCAUGGGCGGCCCGCCCGGCGAGCACGUCCGAUUCGUCACGGCCAUCUCUCGCCGCAUUGAAGCCGAGUUGUACCCGCCGCAAGAGCUCAUUGUGCGGGCAGGCGAGAUCUCGGGCAAGAUGUUUAUUAUCAGCAAAGGUCUCGUGGCCCAGCGGGGUCGUAUUUUGCACCAAGGACAAAUUUUCGGCCAACACAUGCUCCUCGACAAGAUCGACUCGCUCACCAUUUACGACGCGCGGACGCUAACCUACGUCGACGCGUACUCGUUCUCGCGAUGUGAUCUGGACGAGAUUUUGCGCAGCCACCACUACCCCAACAAGUGCAAAACGAUUCGAAAAGCCACCGUGCUUUUAGCGUUAAAUCGGCGCUUGCGCUCGGUCUACGUCGAACUGCUGGCGAUCCGUGCUUUUCAGAAAUUGACACCCGUCGAGGAGACCGCGUGGCUGCGGCACCAACUGUUGGGGCAUCGGAACGAGUCGCGCGCCAUUCACAGCCUCCGCGCCAGCAUCGAGCUCAUGACGACCGCCACCACUGUGAUGGAGGCGAUGCUCAAGCUCGAUGCUUCCAUGGCCAAGGUCGAAGAGGUCUCGGUGGCGCUGCGACUGCUGUCGACAGCCAAAGCGCUCGCCACCGACGCCUUGAAGCAGAGCUGA